GUGCGCCAUUUUGCUUAAUUUAUCACUGUAUUGAAGUGUUAAUUGAUAAACAUAUCUCUGUUUAUUCAAUAAAUGAAAACUUUACCGUAUCAUUUUGGUUCUGAUUCUUAGUAGUAACAUACAUAGAAUUUAGAUACGUAAACCAUAUGGCUUACUCAGUUGGGGCCAACUCAACGGGGACAAUAGCAUGCCAUAAAAGCGCUGGAGUAAAACAGCCAGUGCAAGGUAAGAACUGUUCGAUGGCUAGGUUAACGAACUCCUUACAAGAAUGUUUAGGGUUCUCAUUAACUCCUUCCCACUCGGGGAUUGUGGUUCAUGCUUGUGUAUUGGAAGAAGAGGUACACGAGUUAACCAAAUAUGAAUCAUUAACUUUAAGUAAAAGUUGACAUUCGGAGAGCUGUACGAGUUCAAAUGGUAAAUUAAGAAAUAUGGGAUUGUCCGAAAGGGGAAACUCUGGGGAUAACGGAGUCUUCAUAGUACCCAAAUUUAAUUUAAAUAAAGUGAGAUAUUUUAGUACUUUAUCUAGAUUAAAUGUAAGGAAGGAAGACAGUUUAACGUAUUUAACAAAGAUAAAUACUACGGAUUUUUCCGAGUUAAAUAAAUUAAUAGAAAAUAAUUAUAAUAAUCCUGAAAACAUUAAUACUAGAAUUUUAAAAUUAAUGUCAGAUAUUAGAUUGUUAUUAAUUGCUUAUAAUAAAAUUAAAAGUAAGAAAGGUAACAUAUCUAAAGGUUCUAAUAAUAUUACCUUAGAUGGAAUUAAUAUUUCAUAUUUAAAUAAAUUAUCUAAAGAUAUUAAUACUAAUAUGUUUAAAUUUUCUCCUGUUAGAAGAGUUGAAAUUCCUAAAACAUCUGGAGGAUUUAGACCUUUAAGUGUUGGUAAUCCUAGAGAAAAAAUUGUACAAGAAAGUAUGAGAAUAAUUUUAGAAAUUAUUUAUAAUAAUAGUUUUUCUAAUUAUUCACAUGGGUUUAGACCAAACUUAUCUUGUUUAACAGCUAUUAUUCAUUGUAAAAAUUAUAUGCAACACUGUAAUUGAUUUAUUAAGGUAGACUUAAAUAAAUGUUUUGAUACAAUUCCACAUAAUAUGUUAAUUAAUGUAUUAAAUGAGAGAAUCAAAGAUAAAGGUUUCAUUGAUUUAUUAUAUAAAUUAUUAAGAGCUGGAUAUGUUGAUAAACAUAAUAAUUAUCAUCAUACAACUUUAGGAAUUCUUCAAGGUAGUGUUGUCAGUCCUAUUUUAUGUAAUAUUUUCUUAGAUAAAUUAGAUAAAUAUUUAGAAAAUAAGUUUGAGAAUGAAUUCAAUAUUGGAUCUAUGUCUAAUAGAAGUAGAAAUCCAAUUUAUAAUGAUUUAUCAUCUAAAAUUAGAAGAUGUAAAUUAUUAUCUGAUAAAUUAAAAUUGAUUAGAUUAAGAGACCAUUACCAAAGAAAUUUGGGAUCUGAUAAAAGCUUUAAAAGAGCUUAUUUUGUUAGAUAUGCUGAUGAUAUUAUCAUUGGUGUAAUGGGUUCUCAUGAUGAUUGUAAAAAUAUUUUAAACGAUAUAAAUAAUUUCUUAACAGAAAAUUUAGGUAUGUCUAUUAAUAUAGAUAAAUCCAUUAUUAAACAUUCUAAAGAAGGAGUUAGUUUUUUAGGGUAUGAUGUAAAAGUUACACCUUGAGAAAUAAGACCUUAUAGAAUGAUUAAAAAAGGUGAUAAAUUUAUUAGGGUUAGACAUCAUACUAGUUUAGUUGUUAAUGCCCCUAUCAGAAGUAUUGUAAUAAAAUUAAAUAAAAAUGGUUAUUGUUCUCCUGGAAUAGUUGGAAAACCCAUAGGGGUUGGAAGAUUAAUUCAUGAAGAAAUGAAAACCAUUUUAAUGCAUUAUUUAGCUGUUGGUAGAGGUAUUAUAAAUUAUUAUAGAUUAGCUACCAAUUUUACUACAUUAAGAGGUAGAAUUACAUACAUUUUAUUUUAUUCAUGUUGUUUAACGUUAGCAAGAAAAUUUAAAUUAAAUACUGUUAAGAAAGUUAUUUUAAAAUUCGGUAAAGUAUUGACCGAUCCUAAUUCAAAAGUAAGUUUUGGUAUUGAUGAUUUUAAAAUUAGACAUAAAAUAAAUAAAACUGAUUCUAAUUAUACUCCUGAUGAAAUUUUAGAUAGAUUUAAAUAUAUGUUACCUAGAUCUUUAUCAUUAUUUAGUGGUAUUUGUCAAGUUUGUGGUUCUAAACAAAAUUUAGAAGUACAUCAUGUGAAAAUAUUAAAUAAUGCUGCCAAUAAAAUCAAAAAUGAUUAUUUAUUAGGUAGAAUGAUUAAGAUAAAUAGAAAACAAAUUACUAUCUGUAAAACAUGUCAUUAUAAAAUUCAUCAAGGUAAAUAUAAUGGUCCAGGUUUAUAA